AUGAUUAGAUCCACCAAACCUAAGAACAAUCGUUCAAAACGUGCGAUAGAGAAAAAGGAGUCCAAAAUUGUGGAGAAUACCAAAACUGCACUUUUCAUACCAGGCAACACAUCGAAUAAAGCUUUACAUGAUAUAACGGUUGAUUUGAGUGCCCUCAAAAAGCCCUUCAUCAAACGUUUCACAAAAAAGAAUUCGAUUCUACCAUUUGAAGACUCUUCAAGUUUAGAGUUCCUAAGUGAGAAGAAUGAUGCAUCUUUAUUAGUUUUAUCUACGAACAACAAGAAGAGACCAAAUAACUUGACCUUCAUCCGAACUUUCGACUACAAGGUUUAUGAUAUGAUUGAGCUACAAGCUAUGGCCGAUUACAAAUUAUUUGAAGAUUUCAAAAAGACGACAUUCCAAGUGGGUUUGAAACCCUUGUUUGCUUUCCAAGGCCAUAUUUUCGACAUACAUCCAACUUUCAUCCAAAUCAAGUCCUUGUUUUUAGAUAUGUUCCACGGUGAGCAAUCGAAUCUCCAGGAUGUUGCCGGACUACAGCAUGUGGUUUCUGUUUCUGCAGUUGAGGAAGAUGACAACGAUACUGCCGUUUCCAAAUUGCCAUUGGUGUACUUCAGAGUAUACAAGUUGAAGACGUACAAAUCAAAUGAACCUAAGUUGGCUAGAAUAGAGUUGGAAGAAACUGGUCCAAGAAUCAACUUCAAGAUAGGAAGAGUGCAGCAUGCUGAUCCUGAAAUAGAGAAGGAGGCAAUGAGAGUGCCAAAGCAAUUGCAACCAAAGGAAAGAAAGAACGUCAAGACAGAUUUAGUUGGUGAUCAAGUUGCCAAGGUUCACGUUGGUACUCAAGAUUUGAGUAGACUACAAACAAGAAAAAUGAAGGGUCUAAAAUCCAAGUACGAUCAGAUCAACUCUGACGAGGAAGUGGAGGACGAGUUUGUUGAUGCGAUCAGUGAUAAUGAGGAAGAAGAGGAAGAGGAGGAAGAAGAAGAAGAUCAACCUGUACUCAAGAAGAGAAAGCUGUAG